CUUUUCUUUGUUAUUUAAGGUUGUUUCAUAAUUCUUAUCUUCUCAUGGAUGUCUUUUUCAGCUCUAAGAACUUGAUCUUCAAACUGGGCUUUACUGGAAUCUUUUUUGUUUUCGAUAAUUGGUAUUGAUUUAUGGAGAUGGAGAUUUUUUAAUUUUGAGAGUUUGAUUUUUUAUUUAAGAAAAUGGUGAGAUUGUGAUAGCCUUUUCUCCCAAAUAUUCAGACAGCUUUGUUGCCGAUCCCAAUCUACCACUGUUUAUGUUGUUAACAAACGGCGAUGGCAAUGGCCUUAUCGUGCAGCUGUGUGGUUCCUAUAGCCACUAACAAACUCCCCCACUCGUCGUUUUCCCCUCCGGCAACCCUUUCCUUCCCUCCUCACAAAUCUUUCAACCCCAAACCCCCCAUUUCCUCCAUUUGCCGUAGUCAAUUUGAUGGUUCAGGUUAUGAGGAAAGUGAGGCGGUGGAGGAACCUUUCUUCCCUUAUUUGGUUGAGGAGAGUGACGACGAAGACGACGAAACAGAGAGCAGCGUGGAUUUGUUGUUGAGAUUCUUGCACAGCAUGUUCAGGAAGGUCUCCAAGCGUGCCAAGAAGGCUUCUCGCUCUAUCUUACCUGCUGCAAUGUCGCCCCAAUUGGUGUCAUUUGCAGUUGAUGGAGUCCUCUUAUUGGCUGCACUUUCCAUUCUUAGAGCACUUCUUGAGGUGGUAUGCACUCUUGGAGGAACAGUAUUUGUUGUUAUAUUGCUUCUUCGUGUGAUUUGGGCUGCUGUUUCGUAUUUCCAAUCAAUUGGGAACGGUUUUAACCAAGGUGAUGGUUCCUUUGGCACUUCACAGCCAAUAAUAUAAACCUCAUCAUUGGUUAAAAGGCAAAAGUUAUCUCUUUGGGGCUUCUGAAUUUUAUAGGUAUGCAUUCUCUUGUAAAUUUGACUAGGAAAUUAAGUACAAAUGUGACAAUCAUAUAUACUUUUUUUUACACUAAUACUGUUGAAUAAAUGAUGAUAUGAUGGAGUUAACACAACAA